AUGGUAGAUAUCAAUUGGUCCACGGAAUCAAGAAAAGACUAUGAUUCAGCAGGAAGAGCACGUUCUUGCAGUGAAAUUUCGACCCAAGAAUUAGAAAUGGAAGCACCUGGAGCAAGCAAUGAUUCUUCAUCUAACAUGAGCAACAAUGAGGAGAAUAAGAACGACCAACUGCUGCUUGCAGCUCAAGAGCGAUAUGGAUCUACUAUUGUUAUUGAGCAGUUUCUCAAGUUCAACCCUUCAUCAUUCGAUGGACUAUGCCAAAUUUGCAAGCCUCAUGAACCUGGGAAGGUACAUAGUACAGUUCGACAAAUGUGGUUAGAUGGUGAUGAGUUCUUAAUAUCGUCCAUGGAAGAGGUUGCAAAAAUUGCUUUACAAGGCCAGAAGGCAUUGCUUGAUAAGGACUGUGCCAAAUUUGCAAGCCUCAUGAACCUGCUAAGGCAAAUGUUUGGAGAUGAUGCCCUUGGGGCACUGAACAUAGAGAUGGUUGAAGUUGCCGGAGGGAUUGGUGCUGCAUCAAAAUUUACAGGCAGUGGAGGAGCUGUUAUUGUGUUCUGCCCUGAAGGGCCUUCACAAGUACAACUUUUGGAGGCUGCGUGCGAAAAAGCUGGUUUUGUCAUUGAACCAGUUAAAGUUAUGCCAUCUUUACUAAAAGAAUUUGAUGGAAAUCUGUCAUCAAAAUGA